UACGUGAAGACGGAGAUAAAAUAAAAUUAUAUACUGCUCAAAACCACACAGAAAAGAAACAAUAAAUAAAAAUGUUAUCCUAGGUUGGCCCCUAGGCUAGUAGAACCUAAUGUGAUAAAACACUCAUUUGCUAUACUAUACUAUAAUAUUACCAAAAAGCAGAGGAUCAUGAACGAGGAAUUUGGUGCAGAACUAUUCCAAUUUUCAGAAAGGCCAAAUUUUGAAGAAGUUGGUUGUGUUGUUCCCAAUUGCUGCAACAACAUUCUAUCAGAAUAUCGAAAGUCUAGAUUUCUGCUUCAUUACCCUGAUGGCGGGGACGUUGAAAGGAGUAGUGCAUGGCACAAAAUCCUUGAGGAUGAGUUCGGUACAGUUAUCUCUGAGGAAAUACUCAGUAUCUGUGGAAAACAUUUCAUCGAUGGAUGUCCAUCGGAAAAAUUUCCUAAUCCUGUUUUAUUCGGACAGAAUGUGUUGUCAAAUGAGACAGAACUCGCCAAGAAAGCUCAGCGAUAUUGCUGCAUCCGGAAUUGUCGUUAUGGGCCCGACUUUAAAUCACACCCCAGCUCUAGAAAAAUUAUCAAUUACUAUUCUCUAAAUCUGCUGUGUGAUGAUUCAAUUGGAAGGAAUCUCCUAAAGAAACUCAUGUCAAGUACACUGUAUGUUGGACUAGAGAACCAUACAUCUUUUUUCUGUAGUCUGCACUUCAAAGCUAACAUAUUGAACCAAAAAAGGAUUCAGUCAGAUAACAAUCCAGGAUGUGGGUUAUCAAAAAUUAAACAGCAGAAAACACAGCCUUCAUCAUCAGAUAAAGUUGAGGUCGAGUCUAUGAACCAACCCAAACAACCUUGUAAUAUGCUUACCUUAAAUGUAAAGGUUAAACACAAAGAUACCUGUACUAACUGGGCCAAAUCAGACGAGGACUGCUGUGUGAUACCAACCUGUCCGUUCUCGGACAUCCGGAUGAAGUACCGAUCCGGAAACUCAGAGUUCCGACCAGCUAUGUUUACGUUCCCGUCCCUUAGUUUCCAGCCGCACACAAGGCUUGAGUGGUUGAGAUUAGUGAGGGCAGCUAUGCCACUGGAUCAGAAAAAAUUCUGUCCGAAAAUUACAACAAUGAUUUGUUCACGUCACUUUCCUAAUGGAUCCCCAACAGCUACGGCACCAAACCCAUCUUUGCUCACGGAAUAUGUUAAACCGGAAGGAACAAACUCGAACGAAAUGGAUGAUGAUUCCCCAACAAGAUUUAUAAUUGACAUUUCAAACGAAGACAAUUCAAAUAUCAAAAUUUCCGUACCCAAGAAAAAAAGGAGAAAAAGGAAAGCGACAAAUAAUCUAUAAGUUAGGGAGAAACCUGAAAAUUGCUUUCUUUUUUAAAAAUUUAUAAAAUUAUAAGAACUGAAUAUUGAACAAAUAGCAAUGACAAGUAAGUGUUAUAGUUGAUAAAAAAUAGUUGAUUAAAAAGGGGAUUCCCCAGGUAUAAGGCAAUCCAAAAAAUUUGCCCAAUUUUGGGUUCAAAGUGCUGGGCUUGACCAGAGGAACUGUACAAAAGCUGUGGCUGUGCUAGCAAUUGGUCAGAGGGAACCUAGCCUCCGUCGGUGAACUAUGGACCGCCGUUGAGAAUUAGAGCAAAAUCUGUAAUAUAUAGGAGUGAUGUUUUGCCCUACCUGAUGUGUUAUCAUACUCAAUACUUGCAGACAAAAUUUGCAAGUGAUUCUGUAGGAAUUGAACAUACAACCUCCAAAUAACUAGCCUGGUGUCAUAACUACUAGACCACCAAACUUGCGCUUAGUGACUAGUAUUUAAUACUAUCCCCAAGUAGCAGUGGGUGUUGCAAAUACUAUAAUGUUUUGUGUUUGCAUCAACAAAAUAUCAGAGUGAGGUUUUUCCCUACCUGACGUAUUAUCGUACCGAACACUCAGUAGAUUUUCAAUUUCUUGCGAAAAGAAAUGUGCAAAUUAUUCAAGUGUGAAUUGAACCCACGAUUUUCAGAUAACUAGCCUGAUGUCAUAACCAUUAGACUACCGUGCUUGCAAAACGAAAUACUGUAAUAUAAUAUGAAGAUACAAUUAUAUUAUAUUAUAUUUAUUCAUGGAGAUUGGUUCUCUUUAAC